AUGCCGAGUCUAAAGGAGUUGCUCAAGAAGAAGGACAAGAUCGAUAGCACCGGUCCUCAGCCGCCGCAUAUGGUACAUGCCAACGACUUUACCUUUGUCCGGACGGACACCCAUACCGAAGAGUACAUCAAACCCCCUGCCUUUGGCGAGGACCAUCAAUCUUCAAGGGAGGGACCAAGAAGCCCUUCUGGGUCGAGGAAGUCGUUCAGUCCCUUUCGCAAGAGUGUGAGCCCCGUCGCAUCCGACUCUUCGUCACCUGAAAAUGAGAGAAAAGAAGGACGCAGAAGGCUCUCACACAGGCUGCAUUUAAAUAAGGAUCGUUCUGAGAGCACCAGCUCGGUCAAUCUGCCCUCAGAUUUGCCAUCCAUUGACGAUGCCUAUCACGAGUCGGGCGACCGUCAGGACAAGGAGGCCAGAUGGGAACAACGUGCGACCAUCCUUGCGAGCAAGAGCCCCAUCAUUGGUGCAUUACCACCCACCAGUGACAUGGAAAGUCUGAGUAUUGGAGCACCUCCAUCGCCUCGGCCUCGCAGCGUCAAUGAUCCUGAAGGUGAUGUCGAUAUCCAAGAAGCCAUCCGUUUACACGAGACAGGCGAAUUGGAGAGCGCCACCAGAAUGUUUCGCGUCCUAGCACUACAAGGGAACGUCCUCUCCCAGGUCCUGUAUGGCCUGUCUCUGCGGCAUGGCUGGGGUUGUCAGCCUGACCACAAGGAGGCAGUCACUUAUCUCUCUGCCGCAGCAUCAAACUCUGCCACCAUCGAGUCUGAUGCUUUGAAGGCUGGAAUGAAAAAGGGCGGUGCUGCCAAAGGGGAGCUGGUCCUCGCCAUCUUCGAAUUGGCAAAUUGCUUUAGAAAUGGUUGGGGAGUGCCUGUCGACAAAGUCGCAGCUCGGCAAUACUACGAAACCGCCGCGAAUCUAGGAGACACGGAUGCCAUGAAUGAAGCAGCUUGGUGCUACCUAGAAGGGUUUGGGGGUAAGAAGGACAAGGUAAGUCUCGAUUUCUCGCUUCUCUUUGCUCUACCGUUCAUCAGCGAUCUUCACUUCCAUUCAAUCCGGGAAACGACGCGACAUGUGCUUUGGUGUCAUAUAUCACGCUCCUCGAUCACCGACGCCCGGUUCCAUCCGCCCCAAGCCAACACGUGA